GUGUAGCGUGCGCUAUGGAACCGCAAGUCGCAGAGCUGAAGCAGAAGAUUGAGGACACGUUGUGCCCUUUUGGCUUCGAGGUUUACCCCUUUCAGGUGGCAUGGUACAAUGCACUCCUGCCUCCAGCCUUCCACCUGCCCCUGCCAGGACCUACCCUGGCCUUCCUGGUACUCAGCACACCUGCCAUGUUUGACCGGGCCCUCAAGCCCUUCCUGCAGAGCUGCCACCUCCAACCACUGACUGACCCUGUGGACCAGUGUGUGGCCUACCACCUGGGCCGUGUUAGAGAGAGCCUCCCAGAGAUGCAAGUAGAAAUCAUCGCUGACUACGAGGUACACCCGAACCGGCGCCCCAAGAUUCUGGCCCAGACAGCAGCCCAUGUGGCAGGGGCAGCUUAUUACUACCAACGACAGGAUGUGGAGUCUGACCCCUGGGGAACCCAGCACAUAUCAGGUGUGUGCAUACAUCCCAGAUUUGGGGGCUGGUUUGCCAUCCGAGGGGUGGUGCUGCUGCGAGGAAUAGAGGUGCCGGAUCUGCCACCCACAAAGCCCCUCGACUGUGUACCUGCAAGAGCGGACCGGAUCACCCUGCUUGAACGCUUCAACUUCCAUUGGCGUGACUGGACUUACCGGGAUGCUGUGCCACCUCAAGAGCGCUACUCAGAAGAGCAGAAGGCCUACUUUUCCACUCCACCUGCCCAACGCUUGGCCUCACUGGGCUUGGCCCAGACCUCAGAGGAGCCUAGCUCUACAUCCCAAGAGCUUCACUUCACCACAUUCAUACCCAGUAAGCCUCAGAAUCCCAGCAGAGGCUGGCUCAGCCCCAGGGUCUCACCACCUGCAUCCCCUGGCCCUUGAUACCCUCCCCUCCCCUGUGGGAUCCUCAUUUAUGACAGUGGCACCUGCUGGGACUUAUUUGGCUAGACAAGAUUUUAUUGGGUACAAGAUGAUGUUUUGUUUUGUUUUGCUUUUUGCGGUACACGGGCCUCUCACUGUUGUGGCCUCUCCCGUUGCUCCGGACACGCAGGCUCAGCAGCCAUGGCUCACAGGCCCAGCCAUGUGGGAUCUUCCCGGACCGGGGCACGAACCCGUGUCCCCUGCAUCGGCAGGCGGACUCUCAAUCACUGCACCACCAGGGAAGCCCCAAGAUGAUCAUUUUUGAUAAAGAAUUAUAGUAGAGAUCUUAAAUGAAGAUAACAAGGCUUAAAGAAGUUUAGUCAAAAGACCAAAGCAGAUCCAGACUUGCCACCUGCCUUGGAAUAUGGAUUACCUGUUACCAUUUCUCUGCAGUGCUUCAAGAUGCUACAUGUUACAGGGCUUAAGAAGCAACUAUCCCCUAAAUAACGGUACCUGCCUCAGAGGAUUAUUAUGGAGACUGAAUAAAUAUGAAAUAGUGCCUGGCAUAUAAGCUAUUAUUAAAGGCCCCAGGAAUCCU